AUGAACUUUGAGGACGUAGCCAUUGCCUUCUCUCAGGAGGAAUGGGGGCUCCUUGAUGAACCUCAGAGACUUCUCUACUGCGAUGUGAUGCUGGAUGUUUUUGCACUUGUAUCAUCUGUAGGUUGUUGGCACAUAAUGGAUGAUGAGGAGGCCAAUUGUGAGCAGAGUGAAUAUGUACCAGGAGAGUCACAAGUCAGGGCUUUUAAGACAGCUCCAGCAACCCAGAAGACCCAUCUUUGUAAGUGCUGUUUCUCAGUGUUAAAAGAUAUUUUGCACCUGACUGAGUUACAAGCAGCAUACUUUGAGCAGAAAGCCUUCUUCACUGACACAUGUGCGAGAGACUUCAGUUUCAGUGCAAACCCUCACCAGCAACAGAGAGAUGCCAGUGGAGAGAAGCCCUGGAAAGAAGAUAUGGACAGGGCCUCACUUGUGUCCCAGUGCAGCUUUUACUUAACAUGGGUGCCUUCAACCACUAGGGAGGUUGGGAAAGACUUGCCAGCCAUGUCAGACAUUCUCCAGCACCAGGCCACUUUUACCACUGGGAAGCUACACAGUGGUAGUGAGAUUCCACAGGAAUUUCUCAGUGGAAGAAGUCAUGACGAGUGGGGUGAAUGUAAAAAAGCUGCCAGCCACAACCAGAAAGUUGUUCAACACCAGGGUGUCUGCUCCAGAGAAGUGAAUUGUGAGUGUAACAAAUGUGGGAAAGCUUUUAGAGAAAUCUUUAACCUUAUUCGUCAUAGGAGAGUUCACACUGCAGAAAAGCCAUAUGAGUGUAGUGAUCGUGGGAAGUUCAUCCUAAGGUCCAAACUCAUUCAACGACACAAAGGCCACACUGGAGAAAGGCUGUAUGAGUGUCAUGAUUGCAGUAAGUCCUUCAAUCAAAGCAGUACCAUCACUCAACACCAGAGAAUUUGCACUGGUGAAAAACCUUAUGAGUGUAGUGAAUGUGGGAAAUCUUUUACCUGCAAUAGUCAUUUCCUUAUCCACAAGAGAGUUCACACUGGUGCAAAACCUUAUGAGUGUAGUGAAUGUGGGAAAUCUUUUACCCACAAUAAUAACCUCCUUAUCCACAAGAGAGUUCACACUGGUGCAAAACCUUAUGAGUGUAGUGAAUGUGGGAAAUCUUUUACUCGCAAUAAUAACCUCCUUAUCCACAAGAGAGUUCACACUGGUGCAAAACCUUAUGAGUGUAGUGAAUGUGGUAAAUCUUUUACCCGAAAUAAUAACCUCCUUAUCCACAAGAGAGUUCACACUGGUGUAAAGCCAUAUAAGUGUAGUGACUGUGGGAAGUCAUUUACACACAGUUAUACCCUCAUUCAACACCACAGAGUUCACAAUGGAGAAAAUCUGUAUGAGUGUAGCGAUUGUGGGAAGUCCUUCAAAAAAAAGUCUAACUUCAAUGAACACAGCAGAGUCCACACUGGAGAAAAGCCCUAUGAGUGUUCUGAUUGUGGAAAGUCCUUCAGUAAAAGCAGUAACCUCACUCGACACAAGAGAGUUCACAGUGGUAAACCUUAUGAGUGUAGUGAAUGUGGGAAAUGUUUUACCUGCAGUAAUCACCUUCUUAUCCAUAAGACAGUUCACACUGGAGAAAAGUCAUAUGAGUGUCAUAAAUGUCAGAAGUCCUUUAGGCAUAGCAGUACCCUCACUCAACAUCAGAGAGUUCAUAGUGGAGGAAGGCCCUAUGAGUGUUCUGAUUGUGGGAAGUCCUUCAGUAAAAGCAGUAACUUCACUCGACACCAGAGUAUUCACAGUGGUGCGAAACCUUACGAGUGUAGUGAAUGUGGGAAAUCUUUUACCCGCAAUAGUCACUUCCUUAUCCACAAGAGAGUUCACACUGGUGCAAAACCUUAUGAGUGUAGUGACUGUGGGAAGUCAUUUACGCGCAGUUAUACCCUCAUUCAACACCACAGAGUCCACACUCGAGAAAAGCCCUAUGAGUGUAGUGAUUGUGGGAAGUCCUUCAGUAAAGGCAGUAACCUCACUCGACACCAGAGAGUUCACACUGGUGAAAAACCUUAUGAGUGUAGUGAUUGUGGGAAAUGUUUUACCUGCAGUAAUCACCUUCUUAUCCACAAGACAGUUCACACUGGAGAAAAGCCAUAUGAGUGUCGUAAAUGUCGGAAGUCCUUUAAGCAUAGCAGUACCCUCACUCAACAUCAGAGAGUUCAUAGUGGAGGAAAGCCCUAUGGGUGUUCUGAUUGUGGGAAGUCCUUCAGUAAAAGCAGUAACCUCACUCGACACCAGAGUAUUCACACUGGUGCAAAACCUUAUGAGUGUAGUGAAUGUGGUAAAUCUUUUACCCGCAAUAAUAGCCUCCUUAUCCACAAGAGAGUUCACACUGGUGGAAAGCCAUAUAAGUGUAGUGACUGUGGGAAGUCAUUUACACACAAUGAUAUCCUCAUUCAACACCACAGAGUUCACAAUGGAGAAAAUCCGUACGAGUGUAGCGAUUGUGGGAUGUCCUUCCAAAGAAGGUCUAACCUCAAUGAACACAAUAGAGUCCACACUGGAGAAAAGCCCUAUGAGUGUUCUGAUUGUGGGAAGUCCUUCAGUAAAAGCAGUAACCUCACUCGACACAAGGGAGUUCACAGUGGUAAAAAACCUUAUGAGUGUAGUGAAUGUGGGAAAUGUUUUAGUCAGAAAUAUAGCCUGGUUAGACACUUAAGUCUCCACACUGCAGAAAAAGCCUUCAAUAUGCAGGGAAUGACAUUUUUUCAUUCAGUUUUACAACACUGAAGGAGAUUCCUCCAGACCCAUUAAGCUGAUAUUAGACCCCUUUUUAUCAGAACAUACACUGUGCUAGAUUCCUCCUAAGUUUCAGCUGUAAGUGAGCCUUUAAAGUGUUGCAUUGCACUUGCUAUCCUACCCAGGCCUACUACCUAAUUGAUGUCACUGUGAGUAUAUGUGGCUGAAAGUAAUUCACUUUUACCACCUGGUUCACCUGAACAGUGUGUGCCUCUUGGGGGAAGUCAUUUAUUUAGUUCUCUACCCUCAUUCAACAUCAGAGCAUUCACGCUGGAGAAAAGCUAUGAGCAUGUACUGAUUGUGGGAAGUUCUGUGUGCUCAGAAAAAUGAAUUCUGUAUUCUCAUUUCUGUUUGAGGACAUGAUGAGAAUUCCGAGCUCUUAGGAUCAUCACUCCUUUGUCUCUGACUAAUGAAUGGACCUAACCAUUGUUUCCCUCAGACCACCAUCCUAAGAUGCACUAUGCCAGUGGUUCUCAGCC